UAGUAGCAACAUUUAUCAAACCUGUCUCAUUACAUGUCUAAAAGUGUGCAACGCAACUGGCAACAAUAAUUUAUUGUGGAUUUUCAGACCGGGGUGGAAACGACGUAGAAACUAUAACACUGCUGUUGUGUUUAUUAUCUUAUAAGUAAUUUGGCGAUUUUAUAUUUAGAAUAGAAGAAGUGUUAUUUUAAAAAUGGCUAUCGGUGCAGGGAUGUCUUGCGUGAAAUACUUGUUAUUCUCGUUUAAUCUUUUGUUUGCGAUUACAGGACUAAUAAUUCUUAUUGUUGGUGCCAAGUCCGAGAUCAAUGCACAUCCAUAUGUUGAUCUCACAGAUGAAAGUUUCUACACCUCGGCCCCCGUGAUCCUGAUCAUAGUGGGUUUGAUUGUGUUCGUGGUCGCUUUCUUCGGUUGCUGUGGUGCGGUCAAGGAGAACCAUUGCAUGAUAGUUACGUUCUCGGUGUUCCUGCUGAUGAUAUUCAUAGCGGAGAUGGCGGUCGGCAUCGCCGGUUACGUGAAGCACAAGGACUUGGAGACGUCCAUCGUCCGCACCCUGAACGAGUCCAUAACGCACUACUCCACAGACCCUGACGUUCAGAAGAACUACGACAUCAUACAGACCGACAUGCACUGCUGUGGUAUAUACGGCUACGAAGACUGGGCGCACACCAACCAGUCCCUCCCCACCACGUGCUGCGGCGCCCACGAGCUGGUGGAGGGCAGUGCUGUGGCCUGCACCGUGUCAUCGCCAGGACUCUACACCAGGGGCUGUCUCCCUCUCAUACUGGUGAAGCUUCAGGACAUAGCGCUCGUGCUGGGUGGAGUUGGACUCGGGAUAGCCUUUGUUCAGUUGCUCGGCGUGAUAUUCGCCUGCUGCCUCGCUCGCUCCAUCCGCAGUCAGUACGAGACAGUAUAAAACAAGAAACUAGUUUCCACAAACCCUCUACAACUCAUAUUCAUAUUAAGUGAAAGUAUAAGAUUACCAUUUAUUUUUUUAUGUUAUUUUAAAUUGAUUUACGAAUUCAUUGUUUUACUUUUCUUAAUAUAAUUAUGUAUAUUUUGAACGUCGGAUGUAUGUAUAGUAUCAAUAGAUGGCGCUGGCACAAACGUUCUAGAAUGGUCCGUCGGGAGCUCGGCGUAGAAGACUGAUGUAUCGAAUAGUUGAUUUCUAAUGGCCAAGUGAUUUUAUAUAAUGCACUUCACACAUUAUCUGAAUGUCAAUACUUAAAAGUAAUAUUUUAAGUAGUGUCUAGAUUGUUUCUCGAUGUCUGUAGUGCUGCACCCGUUAUGACUCGGAUAGUUACUAAGAAAUGCUUUGUCCUUACAAAGAUACUAUUUGUGUCAUAAACAAAAUUACUUAGAAUUCUUUGAAGUGUUUUAGUACCUAUUUAUAUUAUAAUAAAUCUGUAUAUUGUGAGAA